UUACAUAAUAUUAUCUUAAAUCAUAGACCGUGGUUAAAAUUUUGAAUUAUUGUCGAAAAAAUAUACGGCAAAUACGCAAAUACUAAAUUAUAAAUAUAAAUUAAAUAAAUAACAAUAAACGUAUUUAAAAUUCGAGCUUGCGUGUUGCAUCAUUGCAAGAAUUAAUAAUUAAUUGCUGUUGCACAGAAGACAACCAAAUUACACAUUUAUAUAGUUUUAUUAAUACUCAAUAGACUUGUUGUGAAGUGUACAAUAAUUUAUAUCAAGAUGAUGCAUUACGAUGAAGGUGAACUUGCAGACCACAGGCCUUGUGCAGGCAUUAGAGCAGAUCUCAAGAUGUGUUUGUUGAAAUCAGACUGUUGUAAAAUAGAAAGAAAAUUGCCCAAAGACUGUUUGAAAGAGAAAAACUGUCCACCAGAAUGUUUAGCAUUACAAAAUACAUUUUUUGAAUGCAAGAGGUCACUUUUGGAUAACAGACAGCGAUUUAGAGGAAGAAAAGGCUAUUAACAGUGUACAUAGUGUAUAAAUUUCAAGAGGCAAAGACUUUCUCUGAUAUUUAUACUCAUAUAUAUAUAUGUGUAUAUUUUAUAGUUAUUUUCUUUCCAGUUGUUAAAAAUAAUGUUAUUCAA